AUAUUCCCUCUGCCGAAAGUAAAUCCAAUCCCCGGUGCGGAGCUGACCAAGGAGAUCUUCCGAUGGGAUCAGCGGCUGUUUGGGCUGGUGCUGAGGCUCAGUGGGACCCCAGCUCCUGACCCCAUGGGGCUUGUCCCGAGUGACAACUCCCCCCUUGACAAGCUUUGUGAGCAGACAGGAGGACGUUCGUAUGCUGUCCGUUCUCAUCGAAUGUUCCAACAAUGUAUUGACAGCUUAGUACAAAAAGUACAAAGUGGGGUUGUCAUAAAUUUUGAAAAAAUCGGCCCUGACCCCCCUCCUAUCAAUUCUGAUGGGAAGGAGGCACCCGAUGUGAUUGAAGUGGACAAAGAGAACCAGCAGAAUAAUACAGAUACCAACGGUGGCGGCAAUGGAGAGAGGGGACUGGGAGGGGGAGGAGGGGGCAUGCUGGGCCACAUGCUCCAGAAUGGGGGCCGCCCGCACACCCCCAACUCGAUGCCCCUUCCACCAACAGCCCCCAGCAACGCAUGGCACAACUGUCGCAAGAUGAUCUAUGUGCCGAGACCCGCCCAGAGAGGGAGUCCUUCAGGUUUUUGGCCCAUCCCAGAAUCCUUUUGGCCUGAUAUAAACACACUUGCGCUUCCUGCAAGAAGUGCACAUCCAAAUGUAAAAUUUACAUGCACGAGUCAGGAACCAAUGGUGAUUGAUAAUCUCCCUUUUGACAAGUAUGAGCUGGAACCCUCACCUCUCACACAGUACAUCCUUUCGAGAAAGCAACCAACAGUUUGUUGGCAGGUUUAUAUACCUAAUAGCAGUAAGAAUAGUGAUGUAGGACACCCCUUUGGUUACCUCAAAGCCAGUACAACUUUGCAAACUGUGAACCUUUUUGUAAUGCCGUACAACUACCCAGUCCUUCUGCCGCUCCUUGAUGACCUUUUCAAGACACAUCGUCUCAAACCCACCAAAGAAUGGAGGAUACAGUUUGACAAUUAUCUCAGAACUAUGCCCCCAUACUAUGCCAAUCCCUUGAAACGUGCCCUUGGUCGGAUGGGUGCACCAAAUCUAGUACCAGACAACCUUGACAACUCUCUCAGUUUUCAAGUCACUAACCACUUGAAGAGAUUAAAAAACCAAGCCAAGCUUGAGUAUGAACGAAUAUGCCUUGAGGUUGAGAAACGGUUAGCCCAGACAAGCUGUGUAGUCCAUGAGGGCAUUAGAGUACAGCCUCGGAGACCUUUGUGCAGACACCUCACUUCAAACCAUACACUUCAAGAUAAGCUGUCUCAUUUACGUGAUCAAGUGACAGAAUACUCUAACUUCGUGCUGGCUGUCCGUGAAGGGGAAGUGAGUCCUCAGAUGUACAGAAACCCCUUUGACAUUCCUAGAAUUUCUCUGCUCGACCAAUUGACUCGCAUGAGGGCUAACUUCCUACAGUCUUCACUACCACAUCUCUUAACAGACCGUGACGUGGACCAGUUACAUUGUCGGCCCAUCAGUCAGAUGGGUAAUUAUCAGGAUUAUCUUAAGAAGAUGACUCCACCACUCCGUGAAAUAGAAUCAACCCCAGUGAGGCAACACAUGUUUGGAAAUCCAUUCAAGAUUGAUAAGAAGAUGUCCAUGAUGGUUGAUGAAGCUGAUGUGGACCUCAUGGGGUCGAGUGGAAGUGCAGGAGGUGGCAGCCGGGGAUCUAAGCGUCCAGCGGAGACUCAGUCGCCUUCUGGCCGGCCCAACAAACGUCGGCGUGGCCCCUUGCCCAUGGACUUCACUAUCCACAGGAUCAACAAGAGUCCAAGCUCAAGCCCUAAUCCCAGCUUAAGUCCGAAUGCCAGCCCGUGCCCCAGUCCUAGUCCUAGUCCAAAUGCAAGCCCAUGUGGAAGCCCCUGCCCAAGUCCCACUCCUCCCACAACACCCAGCUCUACACCAAGCCCGUGUCCGAGCCCCAGCCCCACUCCGAGCCCUGUUCCCUCCCUUGGUGGCAACCCUAGUCCUGCUCCUAGUCCACCUGGAUCAUUAACACCCAGCAGAGUGGAGGAACGGCCAGAUUUACGGUCAGAUGCAUUGGCAUUGACAAGACCUGAGCGCCCUGACACCCCAGUUUUCCAGCCCACAGGCUAUGUUGGCACUCCGACCCCGGGGUAUUCCCCAGGCAUCAUGAGUGUCUCGCCUCCUGGCUCACCUGCGUCGCCUUCCUUACCUGAUGAUCCCAUCACACCCUUCAGAUUUUCACCAUAUGCUGAAUGGAGGUUAGUGUUUGCUUAUGUAACACCUCCACCCCCAACAAUGAGAGAUGAAGAUGUGGGAUCAGAAGCCUAUGACUUCGACCUACCUCCCCCAGCACCCAGUCUCACUCCUCCCCCAGAAAUGAUCUUUGAAGAUGGUCUAGAGAAGAAUGGGCCUGUGAAUAACACUGAACCAAAGAGAGGAACAUCACCAUAUUACCCAGUAGAUACACAAGCCACAAAAGUUUAUAAUAAGGAGCUCAGAAUGGCGUGCUUUAAAGAAGUUAAGAAACCUGGCAGAGAUUUCAGAAGACUCUUCAACCAGCUCAACACUUUGCAAGGUUCCUAUGAGUCACGGCUAAAGGUCGUGAAGGAAGUGGUGAAUGAGGCAGGCCGAUUCAAGAGGCACUCCCUGGUGAAGCUCCUGUCCCAGUUCCUUGACUCAAUGACCAACAUGGAGAAGGGCUUGGCAACCCAGCCUAGCCUCAGGGUGAACGGACACAGUAGAUAGAUCUGCUCAUCACUUUUUAUUUUACAAGAACUAAAUGUGAAACAGUACAAUAUUGUAAGGAAUCAAUAUGUCAUAUACACAUUUUUUGUGAUAUAAUGAGGAGGACUGUAACUAAAUUUAGAUUGAAGUGUAGACCACAUUGUAGACUAUUUGUUUUAUUUAUUUUUUGUAUUAAUAAUUUUUAUAUGCAUAUGUAUUUUUUUCAAAGCAAAUGGUAAGGCAUGAAAACAUUUUUUUGUGGGUUUAUAGAUUUUUUUUCUUUGAACAAUUUUGUACUCAAUUUUUUAUGUGUAAACAUCUAGUAUGUAUAUAUAUAUUUUUUCUUCUUUUUCUUCUUUUUUCUUAUGGAAAAGGUUUGACUUUCACCAAGUGAAAUUAUAUGUUUAUGAUUAGUAAACUUUAAAUGUAAAAAGAGAGAAAAUACAAUUUUUAUAUUUUUUAUUAUUUACAUUUUUCAGUGUCUAUGCUAUCAUCAUUAUACAUUUUGUUAAAUUUUCAUGUUAUUGUUAUUAUCACUUAAACAUUAGAAAUCCUUAUGAUGAUUAAGUGAAAAUCUGUGGAAAUGCUCUUUGAUCACACCCAUAGGAACUUGCAUUACAAGUUAUUUUGUCGCUUGGAAGGCUGUUGAAAGUUCCCAUUCAUACAUAUCUGGAAGAUUUUACUCAAGUCUUUGGAUGCACUUGUAAAGAGUAAACAAGAAGGUAAUUGAGAAUUUAUGCUAAUCUCAGUUUAAUAACUGCUAUUUGUCCUUCUUUGCUAUUUUCAUUGUGUUGUAUUUUUAUAUUCUGUGUAAUAAUUAUAUUAUUAGUAAGUCCUAAUGUCUGUCACUCUUUACAAAUUAUGAAUUUUUCCCCAACAAAACGCUGGAAAAUAGACAGACAUCACAGAGCAUUGCUCAUGCAAAGCUGUGCAGAUUUUUACAAUGUCAUCAGUAUCAGUCUGGUUUACUUCUUUGUACACACUAUAAAUGUUCUCUACAGUUAGGUUCCAACAAGAACGAAACAAGACCUUGCAAGCCUGAGGACUGUCUCUGACUUGAGCAAAUGCAAUGAUUUAGUUUUGCACAAAUAGUCUGUAAAAUGGUCCUUAAAGUUGUUCCUGCUGUAUAGUGUUUUUCUUUAUUUUUGUUUUGUUAUUUAUUUGUUGAAAUAUUUUAACAGAAACCUCUAAAAGAGCCACUGUAUUCUGUAACAGUGCAGUCAUAACAUAUGUUGAGUGGAUAAGGAGGCCAAGAAAUUUAUGUUUUUGAGAACAAUUGCUUUGUGAUGGUGGUGUAAAUAUUGUGUAUAUUUAUAUUUUAUAUACAGUAUGCAAAUACAGUUGAUCCUCCAAAA